AUGGAGCACCUGGACACCGGCCUCAUUACCCAGUUCGGGCUCAUGCAGAAGAUAUCCACCGGGAACAUGGUGUUCGACAUGGCACUUAUGUUCAUGAUGCCAGUCAUCCUGAAAUACGCAGUGGGAUACUGGGCAGAGCUGAAGGAGUGGAUUGCACGCAGUUGGCAGAAGCCAACAAGCAAGUAUGUUCGCAAAAUUGAGUACACACGCCACCAGGGCUGGUAUUGGUACUCGGACAGCGACAACAACAGGAACAAGGUUCUACAGGAAAGCAUCCUGAUGUUCCUAGAUGGCAAACACGAUGUUGUGGAGAAGUUCAAGGAUGCUUCCUACAAAUUGACAACUGCACCAUCAGACGAAGUGGACAAUGCUGAUGACUCAGAGUCGGAUUCUGACUGCGGCAAAAAUGACGAAAUCAGGCAGUACAGGAUCCAGAUCGUGCCACCAGAGGGCAUCUGGUUCGAUGUCGAACCAGGCAUUGAAUUCAUGAAGUCUCAGCAUGAAACAGACAACGGAGACAACAAGGGAAAAACUAUUGUCACGUUCACUUUCCAGUCGGCAUUGAAAGAUGGGCAGUCCAAAAUCGACGACUUUGUGGACAGGGCACUCGCUUUGUACAAGAGCAAAAUGGCACAGAAGAAGGACACAGCCAGGUAUCUCUACACCCCCCAGUUUUCAUACACAAAAUCGCCAAAUGACGAAGAUUCCAAGAGUGGCAUGAUCUACAAGCGGUACCAGUUGUCUGAAGAAAAGACGUUUGCUUCAUUCUUUCAUCCUGGAAAGGAAGAACUUUUGAGGCUGAUUGAUCAUUUUGCGAACAAACGAGGGAAGUUUGCGAUCCCUGGGUACCCGCAUAAGCUCGGAGUAUUGUUGCAUGGGCCCCCAGGCACAGGCAAGACAUCAUUGAUCAAGGCUGUUGCGCAAUACACACACCGCCACAUCAUCAGCAUCCCACUGUCAAGGGUGCGGACAAAUCAAGAAUUGAUGGACCUCGUCUUCAACCAGGCGUGCAGCGUAGAAGGUGACAGCUGGAACUACAAGCUCCCGUUCAAGAAGACAAUCUUUGUCAUGGAAGACAUUGAUGCCGCAUGUGAUGUGGUCAAAAGGCGAGCAGGCGCGGUGGCCAGAUAUGAAAAGGCUGCAGUUGGUCCAGAGAAUGACCCGCAGAAAGACGAUGAGAAGAAGGGCGAAGACGACAAGGAUGGCGACCCCCCUGCGAGCCCCAGCAGUGAAAAGGGUGAAGCAAAGGUAUACACCUCUGCCUAUCUGGACAAGCUGAUGGCAGAGAGCGAUGACCUCAACCUUGCAGGGGUGCUCAACGUGCUGGAUGGCGUGGUGGACUGCCCAAACAGGAUUGUGGUCAUGACAACAAACCAUCCAGAAAAAUUGGACCCAGCUCUGAUACGACCUGGCAGGAUCAACAAACAGAUCUAUCUCGGGUACCUGCGACUGGAGGAGGCGCUCCAGAUGGCGGAGCACUACUUUGGAGCACUGGCAGAGGCAGACAAGCAGAGCAUUGCCAGCGUCUUUCCGGACAGGGUGAUGUCCCCAGCAGCAUUGGAGAGCCUUUGCGCUGAGUGCGACGUCGUUGACGAUCUUGUGAAGUGCAUCAAGGACAAGCACCCGGAGUGUGUUUCGUGGAAGACCCGGGCAGAGGCUCAAGCCAUUGGUGGUAGUUGUGAUGUUGUGGGCGACAUGGGGGGCGGUAAGAUUAGCGAUCAGUCUAGGGUGGAUGAUUCUGGUCCCGUACCGCCGAUGGUGGCCCCAGAGAAGGUCCCUGACGUACUACUGACCCCCAAGAUUGGCCAAUUAGAGUCGGCUUCAAUGCAGGUAGUCGCGGCUUAG